CAACGGGGAGCUGAAAUUGUUUCGCAAAAUUUCAAUAAUAUGAAACUGCACUGUCGUAAGGUUGCCACCAAUGGGUUGUUUGUGUUAAUCGGAGUGCUCGUCGUUGCAACAAGUGGAUAUCGUGGAGGUCGAGCUAAUGGGUUCCCAAUAGGUCCUCGAGCCCCUGAUGCAGACUCGGGCGUUUCCAUAGACUGGCAGGGUCGUAACCAUGCUGGGAACCUUGACGGAGAUGCUGAUGGCACAGCUAAGUAUUCGCACCUGGGGACAAACCCUAAACCGGCCGUCGUAGACGGUCCGUUGUUUGUUGAAACCAAAGCCAACCUGGACUCGGUAGUCUUUCCCAAACCUGGCGACCCAAGCAUCGCCGGUCAACGUCGCCGGCUCCGGGAAGACAAAACGUCAACACACCGAUUAAUUUCCAAUCAUGAUAUUAUAGGAAGCGAAACAGAGUCCGUUGACUGCCGAUGACAAAGUUGGAGCGCCGCACAAGAGGAGACGGGCUAGUGAUGGAGUAGGGAUGUCAGACACUUCGUUCCUUUACCACUUUGUACCCUGGACCACUUUGUUCGCUGGACACUUCAGUCUACCUGCAGUACACUAAUCCCCAUUGUUAUUUAUCUGCGGGGAUAUGCGGCGUUUUUUCAUGCGUGGCCUCCAUGUGAAUAUUAAUUAGUCAAAAGGGCUUCUGGAGUUCGGUCAUUAUUCAGCCUUUUCUGAAAAGUCUCAACCAAAAUAAUGUACCAGUAAAUUGAAACGAAGAGCAUAUCUGUCGUUGUGUAUAAAAACAAUCGGUGAAACUCAAUUAGUUUUAAAUAGAGAAAUUUGCACGUAAAAAAUUGCUUCAAAAACAGAGAAAACAAGUCACAAAACACGGAAAAUGUUCAUGUUAUGAA